UCUCCCUGUAGAGACAUUAUAGUGAGGAGGACCCAGAGAAGGAGAAGAGGGUGAAGGAGAUUGAGCUGCUGCUGAUGUCAACAGAAAAUGAGCUGAGGGGACAGCCUGCACUACCUGUCAUUCCUUUCUCCAGCUGGGGGGGUCGUACCAGUUCAGAGAGCCGAGGUCAUCACUACCAGGCCACCGCUCCAUGCCUCUCUAUAGAGAGCACCUCACACAGCGGCAGCAACAACAACAAUAACAACAACAACAACAACAGUCACCAUGACAUCCACGCCCUCUCCAACCUCCCGGAGUUCAUGGAGUCAGUCAUCGACUCGCUUUUCAACCAAUCCGACAGCCACAGCUUACCAAUGAGCUCCCAGAAACCCCUGGUGGCCACAGCUCCACCCCGACUGCAGAAAGAGAACGGCAUGUUCAGGACUCCUACUGUCCGGCGUUCCCUCCUGGAGUUGUCUCCUCGUUCUCUGACCCCCUUCAGGUCUUCCAUGGUAGAGUGUAUAAAACAGGAACCUAUGGAGUGUGUUGUCUCAGCCCCAGACCAACAGCCAACCGGGGUCUCCCCAGACCAACAGCCAUCCUUAAAGAAGAUCAAACAAGAGGUGGGGUCUCCCUAUCUACAGUGGGAAGGACCAGACAUCCACACCCAGCUCUUCUCCCCCUCCGGCCCCGCACAGGAAGUACCUGAUCUGCUGACUACUUCUGCACUGAAUGGAGACGGACACAAACCCUACCACCUCCCCCGUCGGUCUCUGGGCAGCCCACUACAGCAGCUCAACACUUGGGACCAAGUGGCUUGUGGGAAGGUGGAGGACCAAGUGGCUUGUGGGAAGGUGGAGGACAAGGUCUUGGCUUUAGAGCAUAAAUACAUCACUUCUUACUCUGCUAGGACCUUGGUCAUGUAAUAUAUACACAGACAGACAGACAGACGGACAGACAGACAGACAGACAGACAGACAGACAGACAGACAGACAGACAGACAGACAGAAAGACAGGCAGGCAGGCAGACAGACAGACAGGCAGACAGAGACACUCGUUGGAUUCAAAGACCAAAGACUUUAAUUUGUUUAUUUCUAUUUCUAUUAUUUUGUAUUCAUGGGUUGUUUUGUCACCAUAUUGUUUUGAUCUUCUGAUCUGACGCCUGACUGAGCGUUCUACUCAAUACAUCGUCAAUGGUGAAGAUUGAAUCAAAAGUGUAUUACAGUCGGCUUGGAAGCACAAUGCCAUUCAAAAGGAGACAUUACAUUAGUAGGGAAACCUUUUGUCAUCAUUUUGAUGUCGCCAGAUUGACUUUAGCUGCAGUAUAACGUUAGCUAGCUAGCUAAGAUUGAAGGGAGACCGCCAGAUUGACUUUAGAUGCAGUAUAACGUUAGCUAGCUAGCUAAGAUUGAAGGGAGACCGCCAGAUUGACUUUAGCUGCAGUAUAACGAUAGCUAGCUAGCUAAGAUUGAAGGGAGACCUCCAGAUUGACUUUAGAUGCAGUAUAACGUUAGCUAGCUAGCUAAGCUUGAUGGCAGGUCACCGGAUUUUAGCUAGCUAACGUUAGAAUUUGCUAGCUAUUUUUUUUACAAACUUUGCUAACUAAGUAAAUUUGAUGACAUGAUAAUGCUGACAAAGUUGUUUUUUCCUACUAAAUAUUUGACUACUUUUAGCAAUGUCAUCGUAUUUCCAGGCGCUAUAGUGUCAUUUAGACGAAACAGUAAUUAGCCUCCGCCCAGAAAGACUGGGCAUAUCACCACUAUGGCGCCGCCGAUAAGGGCGGCUUGAGAACGUUCAUAACAACGACGCGACCGAGUGACGGAGGUGCAACCUAUGAAUGGUUUUGUUAUUAUUUGGAUCCUGUGGGUAGUUUGUGGUAUUGAAUGUUGUAUUAUAAAGCAGGGAGAAAAAUGAUGUGCCUAUAAAUGAAUAAUAAUGGGGCUGUGUUUUUAAUAAUUCUAAGUUUUUAAUAUUUGAAUAUAAAAAAAAACAAGCUGAUUUAAUUUAUUUGCUUUAUUUUUUUUGUACCGCCGGCCUAUCGAGCGACAGUGUUUAAAACCGAACCCCUGACCCUAGCAUUAUUACGGGUUAAAACCAAAGUAAAUAUGAUUCAACGAUAGCUACUAUUCCACUCACAAUACACCUUUAACUUGUUGAGAGACCUUUACAAAGCCAUAUCAUAAUUAUAUGAGUGUCUAUGAUACCUGUUAACUUGUUGAGAGACCUUUACAAAGCCAUAUCAAAAUUAUAUGAGUGUCUAUGAUACCUGUUAACUUGUUGAGAGAACUUUACAAAGCCAUAUCAUAAUUAUGAGUGUCCAUGAUACCUGUUAACUUGUCGAGAGAACUUUACAAAGCCAUAUCAUAAUUAUGAGUGUCCAUGAUAACUGUUAACUUGUUGAGAGAACUUUACAAAGCCAUAUCAAAAUUAUAUGAGUGUCUAUGAUACCUGUUAACUUGUCGAGAGAACUUUACAAAGCCAUAUCAAAAUUAUAUGAGUGUCUAUGAUACCUGUUAACUUGUUGAGAAAACUUUACAAAGCCAUAUCAAAAUUAUAUGAGUGUCUAUGAUACCUGUUAACUUGUUGAGAGAACUUUACAAAGCCAUAUCAUAAUUAUGAGUGUCCAUGAUACCUGUUAACUUGUCGAGAGAACUUUACAAAGCCAUAUCAUAAUUAUGAGUGUCCAUGAUAACUGUUAACUUGUUGAGAGAACUUUACAAAGCCAUAUCAAAAUUAUAUGAGUGUCUAUGAUACCUGUUAACUUGUCGAGAGAACUUUACAAAGCCAUAUCAAAAUUAUAUGAGUGUCUAUGAUACCUGUUAACUUGUUGAGAAAACUUUACAAAGCCAUAUCAUAAUUAUGAGUGUCCAUGAUACCUGUUAACUUGUUGAGAAAACUUUACAAAGCCAUAUCAAAAUUAUAUGAGUGUCUAUGAUACCUGUUAACUUGUUGAGAGACCUUUACAAAGCCAUAUCAUAAUUAUGAGUGUCCAUGAUACCUGUUAACUUGUUGAGAGAACUUUACAAAGCCAUAUCAAAAUUAUAUGAGUGUCUAUGAUACCUGUUAACUUGUUGAGAGACCUUUACAAAGCCAUAUCAUAAUUAUGAGUGUCCAUGAUACCUGUUAACUUGUUGAGAGACCUUUACAAAGCCAUAUCAUAAUUAUAUGAGUGUCUAUGAUACCUGUUAACUUGUUGAGAGAACUUUACAAAGCCAUAUCAUAAUUAUAUGAGUGUCCAUGAUACCUGUUAACUUGUUGAGAGAACUUUACAAAGCCAUAUCAAAAUUAUAUGAGUGUCUAUGAUACCUGUUAACUUGUUGAGAGACCUUUACAAAGCCAUAUCAUAAUUAUGAGUGUCCAUGAUACCUGUUAACUUGUCGAGAGAACUUUACAAAGCCAUAUCAUAAUUAUGAGUGUCCAUGAUACCUGUUAACUUGUCGAGAAAACUUUACAAAGCCAUAUCAUAAUUAUGAGUGUCCAUGAUACCUAUUAACUUGUCGAGAGAACUUUACAAAGCCAUAUCAUAAUUAUGAGUGUCCAUGAUACCUGUUAACUUGUCGAGAGAACUUUACAAAGCCAUAUCAUAAUUAUGAGUGUCCAUGAUACCUGUUAACUUGUUGAGAGACCUUUACAAAGCCAUAUCAUAAUUAUGAGUGUCCAUGAUACCUGUUAACUUGUUGAGAGACCUUUACAAAGCCAUAUCAUAAUUAUGAGUGUCCAUGAUACCUGUUAACUUGUCGAGAGAACUUUACAAAGCCAUAUCAAAAUUAUAUGAGUGUCCAUGAUACCUGUUAACU